CUCGGCAGUUCGUGGCACUGCUCAGUAGUCUCGCGCGCGUCGAUUUGAGUGUGUCGUCUUCGUAUCCGAUCGCUCGCGAGGUGCUCCGUCUUCCCCGAUUGUCCGCACUGCGUUUUCCGAAGCCUUCUCUCGAGAAGUGUCUUCGACAGUCUCGUCCGGCAAUUCGAUAGUCUUCCCCUGAUCUGGAUCCGUCGAUCUUUGCAGGAUCUCAGAUCGAGCCGACGCGGUAUAUCGAACGGAACGGAACGAGUGUCGCGAUCGAGUUCGCGAAAGUGGAGCGGCCACGUGAGAUCCGGUCUCGGGAGGACAGGAAAAUAUGAGCACCUCGUGAAGUCGGGAAAAGCGGAGUUUUCAUCUGGAAGGCCAUCAUGGAGACCGAGGAACUCACCAGGCUCGUCGACGAGAUCUACAAGAACAUUUUGGACAAGUUCAACCCUGGCGCCAGGCAGCUGAUCAACGCGGGUAAAGCGUACCUGAAGGCUCUUCACGGAGCUGCGGCGGCGUCUCGAGUCUACGUCGACGCUUUGUCUCGAUUAGCUCGUCAAGCUCAGCUGGGAACAUGGGGCGGCUCCAAGGAUGUGGGAUUCGCACUGAUGAGAAUUGUCGAGGUGUACAAGGAGAUUCAGGAGCAGGAGAUGAACAUCUUGAAGGCGUUCUACGUAGACCUGCUGGUGCCCCUGGAGACCAACCUGGAGAAAGACACGAAAGUCGUCCAGAGCGAACAGAAGAAGUUUCUGCAGCAACAUAAGACCAGAUCUGAAACCUACAGCAAGGCUGCCGCGACAAUGAAGAAGCAGAGGAAAAAGUCCCGGGCUGCCAACAAGAGCGGCCUCGCCAUGGACAAGGAGCUGAAGAAUAUGCAGAUCCUCGAGGAGGAGAAGACCAAGCUCGACGCUUUCUGCGAGCAAAGCUUGAAGAAUGCGAUGACUCAGGAGAGACGACGAUACGGCUUCGUGUUGGAGCGACAAUGCUCCUUGGCGAAGCACUAUGCGAGUUUUCAUGAGGUUGCAUUGGCCGCGCUUCAUCCCUCGGUUGAUAAAUGGCGCGAGGUUGCUGCCACCAGGGAAUACUUGCCCCAGUCGGUGGAGGACAUGUUCGCUUCCAGACUCAGGGCGUCGUUCUGGCCGGAGGAUGAGGAAAACGGUGGCUCCGAGCUGACGACGAUGAGCUCGCAAUUGAGGAAGACCCGCAGCAUGGACAGUUCCUGCCUGGAGCUGCGACUAGGCCCACUACCCGGGAACCCGCCGUCCUCCGCUGCUCACCUCGGUCCAAUGCCGCAUCUCCCCGCCGCCCUCUCCAGAGCGAGGUCGGAGGCCAACCUGCACGCCUCGACGUUAUCCCUCGGCCCCGAGGUUCCAGAGACCCCACCCCGGCCUCGAUCCAUGGCGCCCCCCGCGUCUCGCAACAGCGGCGGCGGCGGCGGCGGCACCGGGGUCAGCGCAGGAGGUUGGGGAGAUGCACCCCUCGCCAGGGCUCUCUUCGCCUACCUCAGCUCGGGGGAGAAUCAGCUGAGCUUCCUGGAGGGUGAUCUCAUCGCGCUGAUGGGCGACCGGCAGAAGGGAUGGCAAUUUGGCGAGAACCUCCGCACUCAAAGCUCGGGGUGGUUUCCCCUGGCGUAUACCGAAAUUAUAAUCGACGACACUUUGGGAUCGCCGAGUCAUGGAGCGAGCAACGGUCGUACACCGGAGCCGCAGGCCAUUCCGCCGUGCAAACCACCGCCCUCACGACCGCCGGUCACGCCGGCUGGUAUCGACGAGCCGUCUACGGGGACUCCCGCUGCCGGCAACAGUUCCAUCAGCAACAACAACAGCAGCAACAGCACCAACAACGCCGGCAGUAACAACAAUGGCAGCACCGUCGGCACGCCGACCAAUAAUCCGAGCGUCUUGGCGACUCCGACCGCGCGCCAAUCGAAAUCGAUCCGUCCAUCGGGCACACUGCCCGCGGUGCUGGCCGGAGGACGUCGAGUACAGCCGCCCGUACCUCCAGUACCACCGCCGGCGAUGACGUCCCUCCAUAGCAGCAACGACAGUGGUUUCUCCAACGAACCGCCUGUGCAGCCUGACGUAGAUUACAGCGACGACGAAGCGAUGAGACAACGACGCCGGAAGCCGCGUGGCAGAGGUGAACGCGCUCCUUCAAAGGACGAGAAGCAGCAACAGCAGCAGCAGCAGCAGCAGCAGCAGCAGCAGCAGCAGCAGUCGAAGGACUGGGAGAACGACUCCUGGAAGACGAUUCCGCGGGACGAGAAAUCCUGGCAGCUGUAUCGCACCGCGAUGGACCUCUGGGCGGAGUCGAAGGCGAAUCAGACCGGCGAGGAGUCCAAGAAGUACUAUGAGAUGGAGAACGGCGACUUUGUGCUGGAGAACGGCGAUAUGGCGAAGAAGAGGAAGAGCAAGAAAGCAGCGCAGCCGACGAAUGAACGACCCAGCCCGAAUCAGCGCACUACCAGCAAGAUGUCGAACGAGCGGGGUGUUCCGGCUGCAACUCGGCGCGGCGAUCAACGCCGUGUCGACAAGCGCACGCAGGCGGAGACCGAGGAGGACGACCUCGAGGAGGACGAGGAGGACUUCGGUGCGGCCGAGUAUCGCGGCAAUAAGUUCUACGCGAACAACCAAGAGGCCCAACAAGAUCGGCGAGGCGGUGGAGACGACUUUGAGGCUGACAAGUACGCCAAGUCGUCGAGCUCGCCGUCAGAGUCCGACGACGAGAGCACCAUCACCAUCCCGGAGCCGGGUCGCAAGGUCGAGCAUAUCGCGCAGAAGCUCGAGCAGACUGCUCAGAAGUACGCGCGCGAGCACAGCCCGCCCAAGUUCCUGGAGCGUCGCGACCGAGCAAGCGCGAGCGACUACAAAAGCCUGGAGAGGAACGUGCGCGAGCCGGCGGUACACUCGCGCCGUGAGAGGAUGCCGCCGAUGACGACGGAGUACAAGAGCUUGGAGCGCGGCCGUGAGGGCGGAGGCGGUGGAGGCCAGCGGGCUUUCGCGGAGCGCAGCCGCGACGACAAGCGGCUACGCGACGAGAAGCGGCCGCGAGACGACAGGCAUUCGCUGGAGCGCGGCCCUCGCGAGGACAAGCAAGCUUUCGAACGAAGCUCUCGAACGGAGGAGAAGCAGAGCUUCGAGCGCUCGCGGGAGGACAAGUCGAACAUGGAGCGCUCGCGGGAGGACAAGCAGAGCUUCCAGCGCUCUCGCGACGAGGAGAAACAGAAUUUCGAGCGCUCGAGGGAAGACAAGCAGCAGAGCUUCCAGCGGUCCCGCGAGGAAGCUCAGUCGUAUGAGCAGCGAAGCCGCGCUGCCAGGCACGAGCAGGAGCGCGCGUAUCUGGAGCAGCGGAAGGAGGUGAUGGGUUACGAGCGGACGUUCGAAAAGAAUCGAAACAGAACGGUCGAGCGACUGUCGAGUCGACGCUUCGAGCGACCGCGACCGCCGUCGCAGGAGGCCCCGGAGCGGCCGGUAGGUCCUUACCGAGAGCGCAGGUACUCCGACAAAGAGGAGGCGAUUUACGGAGAGACUGGGCGAUAUGGAAUAGGCUCGCUGGAGAGGGAUCGUGGCUACGAGUCAAACUUCGAGACGAAACUGGAGAGGUCGAAGGUGAUCGAGAGACACGGUUACCACACGGGACUGCAUGAGCCUGCAGCAGGUCUUCAGAAGCGCAACGUCCCGUCGAGAGGCAACGAACGCAACAACGGCGACACGAACAACAACACGCUGAAGGCCGAGAGGAAGCUGCUGAUGCCGCGACAGACGACCGCCAUGGGUCACCUCGUGCAGACUGGCAGAGCCUUCGAGGAAGGCUCGAAGAGUCCGAAGCUGGUCAAGCGUACCAAGUCCUUUUGGAAAUUCCGCCGGGACUCCGAGGUGCUGGAAGGUAUGGCGCUCUGGCAACAUCGCUCGCUCGUCGACAUCCCGAAGAUGAUACGCAAGGAGAACAAGUCGACGGAGAUUGAGGAGAAGCAGAGGAACUCGGAGGGCGGGAGUCCGAGUUCGAGUUUGGGUAACAGCGAGGGUACCAUUACGAACGAGCACCAUCGGCACGAAGAGCCCAAGCCAGCCGAGAGAAGCCACGUGCCGGACAAGGCGGACUACUUCGAGGAUUUUCCGACGCCGGCGGAGCGGCCGAAGGUCUUGGAAAGAUCCGAGUAUAGAAUACAGCAGCAGCAACAGCAGCCGGAGGAGCGCACCUACUUCAUCGGCAACGUGUCGCGGAAGGCGAUUAUCGAGAAGGAGCGCAGACGUAGCCUCGAGGCCAAACGGAAUAUGAUCGUGGCCGAACUGAAGGAGAACAACGAGAGCAAGCGCAACGAAAUGCUGACGCGUGGCAGGAGGAAUUACGACGACGAGGAGGACGCUACGCUCAACUUCAGCGAGACCGAGGCCUCCGACGAGGAGUCCACGUACAGCUGCAUCGUCGUCAAGGAUCAGAGCGUGCCGGAGAAAACGUUGUUGCCGAGGACCAAACUCAGACGGGACUCUGACCGAGAUAGGAACACCUGCGGGCCCUGGUACGACCUCUGGGGCGUCGACGCGUCCGUCAAUAAGAAGAAGAAGAAGAAGCAGCAAUAAGGAGAGCUGAGACACGAACUGAUGUAAGGGGAGGUGAUUGUGAAGAGUAUAAACGAGUCGCGAGUGGAUGUCGAAGUUGAGAGACGAACACGUUAAGCAGAGAGAAUGAGAAAAUUGAGGAAAGCGAGAAAUGGAAUAGAAAUGGAGAAAGAGAGAAUCAGAAACUUUUUCUCUCAAGAGGAAGAAGAGGAAGAGGGAGAACCAGACGACGACAGGCGCGCUCAUGAAGAAGAUGAAGAAAGCGUGGAAGGCGGCGAGGCGGCGGUCCGCUUUGUUUGCGCUUUUAUUUUGAGUUUUCUUGUCUUUUCCUUUCUUUCGAUUUGGUUGCUCACUCACUUUGGUUAACCUCGUAAUCGAGCAUGAAUCAUUCAAAUCGGCGAGUACCGUUUUGAGUCGUCGAGGAAACUCCCCGAGCUCGCGCGAUCGUUUACAUUUACUCUCACCCCCAACCCCUUUGGGUUCUUCCGCGCGACCAGCUUGUUCAUCCCAAGUCUUUCCGUAGCCACCGAAUAGGUAUGUGAAUGAACGACUUCGCACCCCCUUCAGUUUUGAUGUGUGUUUCGCACUGGCUGACGCACCUGCCCGUUGCUUAGUCUCGUCUUCAACGAUCGGCUGUUGAUGUUGUAGGAGCUUGCAGCAUCGUCGAAGAAAGCGCUCGAUACACUUUUGCGACGACUUCUAGGCAUCUUAUCUCCGCUACAGAGACAGAGCGAGCAACCAUGUUGGACGAUGCAUCAUCCCAUCGGUCGUGAACAGCGUGUCGUUGUAUACUAUAUGCUGCAUGUAUUUAGCUCUCUCUCUCUCUCUCUCUCUCUCUCUCUCUCUCUCUCUCUCUCUCUCUCCCUCUCUCUCUUUCUGUUUCGCUAUUUUGCUGGCGUAAUAAAAAAACCGUUUGUUAAA